AUGAUUAUUAUAUUCGUGCAUAAAAGUUUCUAUUAUCUUAUUUUGCAAAAUAGUUUGAAUUGCUUUAGAAAUUCUUAUUCUCGGAUAUUAUCAAAAAAACAAUGUUUUUUAAGUAACGAAAUUUCAAAAGCUUCUCUUUGGACAGCUGUUUGGCGUGAUGCUGAAAAUAGAGCAAUUAACAAUAGAAACAAAAAUAGUUUUUCAAAACCAACUAGGCUGAGGAGGUACAGUACCGGUUGGGAUGGAAUUUCAGGACCGACAUUUACAAAUAAAGAAGAAUCUAAUAAUGAAACUUCAAAAGAUUUAUCCAAAUUUACUUUCGCAACACUUGCAAUAUCAACUUUAGGAUACUUACUUUCAAGAACUGCUUCUGCAGAAAGUGUAAAAGAUGAAGAAAAAGAACCAGCAAAUAUGUCACAAGCAGAUUAUACAUUACUUUCAACAGAAAAGACAACUGAUGAUGAUAAUAAAGUAAAGGCUUCUUUUCCUAAUCAUAUUCCUUUUCUUCUUAUUGGAGGAGGAACAGCUUCAUAUUAUGCUGCUUUAACUAUAAGAGCUAAAAUUCCAGAUGCACAUUGCCUUAUUGUAACUGAUGAAAAAACGACACCAUAUAAUAGAACACCUUUAUCUCGUGAUGUUUGGUGGUAUGGAGAUGAAAAAACUCCACAAUAUUUAUCUUAUACAACACUUGCAGGAAAAAAACGACAAGUACCUUAUGAAUCAAAUGGAUUUUUUAUUGAUCCAAGUCAAAUGCCUGAAUUUGAACAUGGAGCAGUUAGUAUAAUUAAAGGAAAAAAAGUUAUUAAAAUAGAACCAGAAAAUCACAAAGCUAUUCUAGAUGAUGGUACUGAGAUAACUUAUGAAAAAUGUCUUAUUGGAACAGGUUCAAAAGCAAAAGAAUUAGAUGUAUUAAAAGGUGAGCAAUUUAAAAAUCAUGUUACAACAUUGAGAGGUGUUGAGGAUUACAGAACAAUUGCUAAGAAAAUAGAAGAAGGUAAAAAAGAUUUUGUUGUUAUUGGUGGUGGCUUUUUGGGAACAGAACUUUCAGUAUCAUUACUAAGAAAUAAAUUACAAGAUGAUGAUGGUAAAUUAAAGAUUACUCAAGUUUUUAGAGGCAAAGGUGUAUUAAGAAAAGAACUACCGGAAUAUAUGUCAAACUAUACUGCAAUGGAAAUGAAAAAAAUGGGUGUUAACAUUAUGGCAAGUAGAAAUGUUACGGGAGGAGAAAUAUUAGAUAAUGGAAAAAUAAAAUUAAAGAUAACAAAUGAUGAUGGUUCACUAAAUGAAAUAGAGACAGAUCACGUCAUCGUUGCUAUUGGUUCUGUACCAGAUAUAACAUUAGGAAAAGAUUCAGGAUUUGAGGUUGAUUCGGACAUAGGGGGAAUUUGUACAGAUUCUGGAAUGCGUUCUACACUUCAUCCAGAUGUAUUUAUAGCUGGAGAUGUGUCAUCUUUUUACGAUCCAAUAUUUGGUCGAAGGCGCAUUCAACAUUGGGAGCAUGCACAAAUUUCUGGAAGAUUAGCAGGUGAAAAUAUGGCUGGUGGAUCUAAAACAUAUACACAUCAAGGAUCGUGGUAUACAAUUCUUUCUCCACAUAUUCAUUAUACUGGUGUAGGUAGAACAGAUUCAAAUUUGCCAACAGUAUCAAUUUUUGCACAAGAAGUAGAUGAUGAAAAGACAGAUAGUGGUGAUGAUAUCCAAAAAGCUGUUAUCUUUUACACUGAAAAUAAACGAAUAGUAGGUGUUGUUUUAUUGAAUAUUUUUAGUAUAGGUGUAGAAGUUGCUAGAAGAUUAAUUAUGGAUAGACAAGAAAUUGAAGAUUUUGUUGAAAUUUCUAAAUUAUUUGCAUUUUAUCCUGGACCAGACGAAUUAGAAGAAGAAGAAGAAUCUUUGAAAAAAUAA